CCGCGCGGGGAGCGCCAGGCCGGGGGCCCGCGGCGCCUCCGCUGCACCGGCACCGUGAGUUCGUUUUGGAAGUGGCUCUCUGCUCAGAUUGCGUGGAUAUCCAGAGUGUUGAGAGCCCAGUUUGGGGGAGCCAUGGAGGAAUCUUCUGACGCCAAUAAAGCCCUGGACGCGAGCGCUCACUCCCGCUUCAUCAUUGGCUCUGUGUCAGAGGAUAACUCAGAGGAUGAGACCAGCUCCUUGGUGAAAAUUGAUCUGCUGGAGGAGAAGGAGAGGUCUUUGUCCCCUGUGUCUGUCUGCUCCGAUUCCCUCUCGGACCUGGGGCUUCCAAACCCUCAGGAUGGCCUGGCCAGCCAUAUGAGGCCCAGCAUGUCUGGUUUGCACCUUGUCAAGCAAGGCCGGGACAGGAAGAAGGUGGAUGUGCAGCGGGACUUCACCGUGGCCUCCCCAGCAGAGUUUGUCACUCGGUUUGGAGGGAAUAAAGUUAUUGAAAAGGUCCUGAUAGCAAAUAAUGGCAUUGCAGCAGUGAAGUGCAUGAGGUCCAUCCGGCGCUGGUCCUACGAGAUGUUCAGGAACGAGAGGGCCAUCAGGUUCGUGGUCAUGGUCACUCCUGAGGACCUGAAAGCCAAUGCAGAGUACAUUAAAAUGGCAGAUCACUACGUGCCCGUCCCAGGAGGACCCAACAACAACAACUAUGCAAACGUGGAGCUCAUCCUCGAUAUUGCCAAGAGGAUUCCAGUGCAGGCUGUGUGGGCUGGCUGGGGCCAUGCAUCAGAGAACCCCAAACUGCCAGAACUGCUGCACAAAAACGGGAUUGCUUUCAUGGGUCCUCCCAGCCAAGCCAUGUGGGCCUUAGGAGAUAAAAUUGCUUCUUCCAUCGUGGCUCAGACUGCUGGCAUUCCAACUCUUCCUUGGAGUGGCAGUGGUCUGCGAGUGGACUGGCAGGAGAACGAUCUGCAGAAGCGCAUCCUGAGCGUGCCCCAGGAGCUCUACGAGAAGGGCUACGUGAAGGAUGCAGAUGAUGGCCUCAGGGCUGCUGAGGAGGUUGGCUACCCUGUCAUGAUCAAGGCUUCUGAAGGAGGAGGAGGAAAAGGAAUCAGGAAAGUGAACAAUGCAGAUGACUUCCCCAAUCUGUUCAGACAGGUUCAAACUGAAGUGCCAGGCUCUCCCAUCUUUGUGAUGAGGUUGGCCAAGCAGUCCAGGCACCUGGAGGUGCAGAUCCUGGCAGACCAGUACGGCAAUGCCAUCUCCCUCUUCGGCCGGGACUGCUCCGUGCAGCGCCGGCACCAGAAAAUCAUCGAGGAGGCUCCAGCCUCUAUUGCAACCUCAGCAGUGUUUGAGCACAUGGAGCAGUGUGCAGUGAAGCUCGCUAAAAUGGUCGGGUACGUGAGUGCAGGCACUGUGGAGUACCUGUACAGCCAGGACGGCAGCUUCUACUUCCUGGAGCUGAACCCACGGCUGCAGGUGGAGCAUCCCUGCACAGAGAUGGUGGCAGAUGUCAACCUGCCAGCAGCACAGCUCCAGAUUGCCAUGGGGAUCCCCCUGCACAGGAUCAAGGACAUCAGGGUGAUGUAUGGAGUUUCUCCCUGGGGAGACACAACCAUUGAUUUUGAGAACUCAGCCCACGUCCCCAGUCCCCGUGGGCACGUCAUCGCUGCCCGGAUCACCAGUGAGAAUCCUGACGAGGGAUUUAAGCCCAGCUCUGGCACAGUUCAGGAGCUGAAUUUCCGCAGCAAUAAGAAUGUCUGGGGCUAUUUCAGCGUGGCUGCUGCAGGAGGGCUCCAUGAGUUUGCUGAUUCCCAGUUUGGGCACUGCUUCUCCUGGGGAGAGAACCGUGAGGAAGCCAUCUCAAACAUGGUGGUGGCUCUGAAGGAGUUGUCCAUCCGAGGGGACUUCAGGACCACUGUGGAAUACUUGAUCAAGCUGCUGGAGACAGAGAGCUUCCAGCAGAACCGCAUCGACACGGGCUGGCUGGACCGGCUCAUCGCUGAGAAAGUGCAGGCUGAGAGGCCUGACACCAUGCUGGGGGUGGUGUGUGGGGCUCUGCACGUGGCUGAUGUCAGCUUCCGAAACAGCGUCUCCAACUUCCUGCACUCCCUGGAAAGGGGCCAGGUCCUCCCUGCUCACACUCUGCUCAACACGGUGGACGUGGAGCUCAUCUACGAGGGACGGAAAUACGUGCUGAAGGUGACCAGGCAGUCUCCCAAUUCCUACGUGGUGAUCAUGAACAGCUCGUGCGUGGAGGUGGACGUGCACCGCCUGAGCGACGGGGGGCUGCUCCUCUCCUACGACGGCAGCAGCUACACCACCUACAUGAAGGAAGAAGUGGACAGGUACCGCAUCACCAUUGGGAACAAGACCUGUGUGUUUGAGAAGGAGAAUGAUCCCUCCAUCCUGCGCUCUCCCUCUGCUGGGAAGCUGAUCCAGUACGUGGUGGAGGAUGGGGGACACGUGUUUGCAGGCCAGUGCUUUGCAGAAAUUGAGGUGAUGAAAAUGGUGAUGACAAUAACAGCAGGAGAAUCAGGCUGCAUCCACUAUGUCAAACGGCCAGGGGCAGUCCUGGAUCCAGGCUGUGUGAUUGCCAAGCUCCAGCUGGAUGAUCCCAGCAGGGUUCAGCAGGCUGAGCUGCACACGGGUACCCUGCCCCAGAUCCAGAGCACGGCGCUGCGGGGUGAGAAGCUCCAUCGCAUCUUCCACUACGUCCUGGACAACCUGGUCAACGUGAUGAAUGGCUACUGCCUGCCAGAGCCCUUCUUCAGCAGCAAGGUGAAGGGCUGGGUUGAGAGAUUAAUGAAGACCCUGAGGGACCCAUCUUUGCCCCUGCUGGAACUUCAGGACAUCAUGACCAGCGUUUCUGGCCGGAUCCCACCCAAUGUGGAGAAGUCCAUCAAGAAGGAGAUGGCCCAGUAUGCCAGCAACAUCACCUCGGUCCUCUGCCAGUUCCCCAGCCAACAGAUUGCCAACAUCCUGGACAGCCACGCCGCCACCCUGAACCGCAAGUCGGAGCGCGAGGUUUUCUUCAUGAACACUCAGAGCAUCGUGCAGCUGGUGCAGAGGUACCGCAGUGGCAUUCGGGGCCACAUGAAGGCCGUGGUGAUGGAUCUGCUCCGGCAGUACCUCAAGGUGGAGACUCAGUUCCAGCACGGUCACUAUGACAAGUGUGUGUUCACCCUUCGUGAGGAGAACAAGAGCGACAUGAACGCGGUGCUGAACUACAUCUUCUCCCAUGCCCAGGUCACCAAGAAGAACCUGCUGGUCACAAUGCUCAUCGACCAGCUGUGUGGCCGUGACCCCACGCUGACAGAUGAGCUGAUCAACAUCCUGACCGAGCUGACCCAGCUCAGCAAGACGACCAACGCCAAGGUGGCCCUGCGAGCCCGCCAGGUUCUCAUUGCUUCCCACCUGCCCUCCUACGAGCUGAGGCACAACCAGGUGGAGUCCAUCUUCCUGUCGGCCAUCGACAUGUACGGCCACCAGUUCUGCAUUGAGAACCUGCAGAAACUUAUUUUGUCUGAGACAUCCAUCUUUGAUGUGCUUCCCAACUUCUUCUACCACAGUAACCAGGUGGUAAGAAUGGCAGCCUUGGAGGUGUACGUUCGGAGAGCCUACAUCGCCUACGAGCUGAACAGCGUCCAGCACCGCCAGCUCAAGGACAACACCUGCGUGGUGGAGUUCCAGUUCAUGCUGCCCACCUCCCACCCCAACAGAGGGAACAUCCCCACGUUAAACAGAAUGUCCUUCUCUUCCAACCUCAACCACUAUGGGAUGGUGCACGUGGCCAGUGUGAGCGAUGUGCUGCUGGACAACUCCUUCACGCCGCCGUGCCAGAGGAUGGGGGGCAUGGUCUCCUUCCGCACCUUCGAGGACUUUGUCAGGAUCUUUGAUGAAGUCAUGGGCUGCUUCUGCGACUCUCCGCCGCAGAGCCCCACCUUCCCCGAGGCCGGCCACGCUGCCCUCUACGAUGAGGACAAGAGUGCCCGGGAGGAGCCCAUCCACAUCCUCAACGUGGCCAUCAAGACCGACAGCGACGUGGACGACGACGGCCUGGCUGCCAUGUUCAGGGAGUUCACCCAGAGCAAGAAAUCAGUCCUGAUUGAGCAUGGCAUUCGGAGGCUGACUUUCCUUGUGGCACAAAAGGACUUCAGGAAACAGGUCAACUAUGAGGUGGAUCAGAGAUUCCAUAGGGAAUUCCCAAAGUUCUUCACCUUCCGUGCCCGGGAUAAGUUCGAGGAGGACAGGAUUUACAGGCACCUGGAGCCAGCCCUGGCCUUCCAGCUGGAGCUGAACCGCAUGAGGAACUUCGACCUGACGGCCAUCCCCUGUGCCAACCACAAAAUGCACCUGUACCUGGGGGCUGCCAAGGUGGAGGUGGGCACAGAGGUCACAGACUACAGGUUCUUCGUCAGGGCCAUCAUAAGGCACUCAGACCUGGUCACCAAGGAAGCCUCCUUUGAGUACCUGCAGAACGAGGGGGAGCGUUUGCUGCUGGAGGCCAUGGACGAGCUGGAGGUGGCCUUCAACAACACCAACGUGCGCACGGACUGCAACCACAUCUUCCUCAACUUCGUGCCCACCGUCAUCAUGGACCCCUCCAAGAUCGAGGAGUCGGUGCGCUCCAUGGUGAUGCGCUACGGGAGCCGCCUCUGGAAGCUGCGGGUGCUGCAGGCUGAGCUGAAGAUCAACAUCCGCCUGACCCCCACGGGCAGGGCCAUCCCCAUCCGCCUCUUCCUCACCAACGAGUCGGGGUACUACCUGGACAUCAGCCUCUACAAGGAGGUGACAGACUCCAGGACGGGACAGAUCAUGUUCCAGGCCUAUGGAGACAAGCAGGGACCACUCCAUGGGAUGCUGAUCAACACUCCCUAUGUGACCAAAGACCUGCUGCAGUCCAAGAGGUUCCAGGCACAGACUUUAGGGACAUCCUAUGUCUAUGACAUUCCUGAGAUGUUCAGGCAGUCUCUGAUCAAGCUGUGGAAUUCCAUGAACGAGCACGCGUUCCUGCCGCCGGCACCGCUGCCCUCGGACAUCCUGACCUACACAGAGCUGGUGCUGGAUGACCAGGACCAGCUGGUGCACAUGAACAGGCUGCCAGGGGGAAAUGAGAUCGGCAUGGUGGCCUGGAAGAUGACCCUGAAAACGCCGGAGUACCCCGAGGGCCGGGACAUCAUCGUCAUUGGCAAUGACAUCACCUACAAGAUCGGCUCCUUUGGGCCCCAGGAGGAUGUGCUGUUCCUCAGGGCCUCAGAGCUGGCCAGGGCCCAGGGCAUCCCCAGGAUUUAUGUGGCUGCCAACAGCGGGGCCAGGAUCGGGCUGGCCGAGGAGAUCCGGCACAUGUUCCACGUGGCCUGGGAGGACCCUGACAACCCCUACAAGGGUUACAAAUACUUGUACCUGACCCCUCAAGACUAUAAGAAAGUCAGUGCCCUGAACUCUGUGCACUGUGAACACGUGGAGGAAAAUGGAGAGUCCAGGUACAAGAUAACAGAUAUCAUCGGCAAGGAGGACGGGCUGGGAGUGGAGAACCUCAGAGGAUCUGGCAUGAUUGCUGGAGAAUCAUCUUUAGCCUAUGAUAGUGUUAUCACCAUCAGCUUGGUCACGUGUCGGGCGAUUGGGAUUGGUGCCUACAUUGUGAGGCUGGGCCAGAGAACCAUCCAGGUGGAGAAUUCCCACAUCAUCCUCACGGGCUGUGGGGCCCUCAACAAAGUGCUUGGAAGGGAAGUUUACACCUCCAACAACCAGCUGGGAGGGAUCCAGAUCAUGCACAACAACGGGGUGACACAUGACACCGUCUGUGAUGACUUUGAAGGAGUUUACACCAUCCUGCAGUGGCUUUCCUACAUGCCAAAGAAUAUCCACAGCCCUGUGCCCAUCCUGAAAGCCAAGGACCCCAUAGACAGGAGCAUUGACUUUGUCCCCACCAAGACCCCCUACGACCCUCGCUGGAUGCUGGCUGGACGCCCCAACCCAAAUCAGAAAGGGCAGUGGCUGAGUGGGUUCUUUGACCAUGGCUCAUUCAUGGAGAUCAUGCAGCCCUGGGCACAGACAGUCGUGGUGGGGAGAGCCAGGCUGGGAGGAAUACCUGUAGGAGUGGUUGCUGUGGAAACCAGGACAGUGGAGCUCAGCAUUCCUGCUGAUCCUGCAAACCUGGACUCGGAGGCCAAGAUAAUCCAGCAGGCUGGGCAGGUGUGGUUCCCUGACUCUGCCUUCAAAACAGCCGAGGCAAUCAAGGACUUCAACAGAGAGGGGCUGCCCCUGAUGGUCUUUGCAAACUGGAGAGGCUUCUCUGGGGGAAUGAAAGACAUGUACGACCAGGUGCUCAAGUUCGGCGCGUACAUCGUGGACGGCCUGCGCGAGUACCGGCAGCCGGUGCUGAUCUACAUCCCGCCGCAGGGCGAGCUGCGCGGCGGCUCCUGGGUGGUCAUCGACCCCACCAUCAACCCGCGGCACAUGGAGAUGUACGCGGACAGGGAGAGCAGAGGGGGGAUCCUGGAGCCCGAGGGGACGGUGGAGAUCCGGUUCCGCAGGAAGGACCUGGUGAAGACCAUGCGCAGGGUGGACCCCGUGUACAUCGGCCUGGCCGAGCGCCUGGGCACCCCCGAGCUGAGCGCUGCUGAGAGGAAGGAGCUGGAGGCCAAGCUGAAGGAGAGGGAGGAGUUCCUGCUGCCCAUGUACCAGCAGGUGGCCAUGCAGUUCGCUGACCUGCACGACACCCCCGGCAGGAUGCAGGAGAAAGGAGCCAUCACCGAUGUGCUGGACUGGAAAACCUCCAGGACGUUUUUUUACUGGCGGCUGCGGCGGCUGCUGCUGGAGGAGGCCGUGAAGAGCAAAAUCCACGAGGCCAACCCCGAGCUGACGGACGGGCAGAUCCAGGCCAUGCUGCGCCGCUGGUUCGUCGAGGUGGAGGGGACAGUCAAGGCCUACCUGUGGGAGAGCAACAAGGACCUGGUGGAGUGGCUGGAGAAGCAGCUGACGGAGGAGGAGGGCGUUCGCUCGGUGGUGGAGGAGAACAUCAAAUACAUCUCCAGGGAUUACGUGCUCAAGCAGAUCCGGAGCCUGGUCCAGGCCAAUCCCGAGGUUGCCAUGGAUUCCAUCGUGCACAUGACCCAGCACAUCUCCCCCACGCAGCGAGCCGAGGUCGUGAGGAUCCUCUCCACAAUGGACUCGCCUUCCUCCACGUAGGAGCGUGGGUGCCACCCCGCCCUGCCCCAGGAGCCCGGAGCUGGGAACUGCCCUUGGUCUGCUGGGCCACCACGGGGAGGCUCAGGGAACGCUGCUGCAGGGACAGUUUUAUUUUUUCAAAUCAAGCUGACCAGAGGAAGCGUGUCCUUUGGCCAGGGACACGAGGAAAUGGAUAAACACGAGCGCCUGCGGAACUGAGUCCCCUCCUGUACCUUAUUUAUUGACCAGAGCGGGGCUGGGAGCUCCGGAACCGCGAGGCCUUGGCACAGCAGGGCCCUGCAGGGACACCCUGGCCUUCAGGGACACCCUGUCCUGCAGGGACAACCCUUAGGGACACCCCUGUAGGAACACCCUGUCCUUUAGCAUCACCUCUGUCCCUUUAGGGUCACCCCUGUCCCUUCAGGGACACCCUUUAGGGACACCCCUGUCCUGCAGGGACACCCCUGUAGGGAGACCCUGUCCUUCAGGGACAUCCCUGUCCUUCAGGGACAUCCCUGUCCUUUAGGGUCACCCCUUAGGGACACCCCUUGUCCUUCAGGGACACCCUGUCCUUUAGGGCCACCCCUUAGGGACACCCCUGUCCUUCAGGGACACCCCUGUAGGGACACCCUGUCCUUGCAAGGACACCACUGUCCUUUAGGGUCACCCCUUAGGGACACCCCUUGUCCUUCAGGGACACCCCUUAGGGACACCCUGUCCUUUAGGGUCACCUCUGUCCCUUCAGGGUCACCCCUGUCCCUUCAGGGACACCCUGUCCUUUAGGGUCACCCCUUAGGGACACCCCUGUCCUUUGGGGACGCCCCUUAGGGACACCCUGUCCUUUAGGGUCACCCCUGUAGGGACACCCUGUCCUUGCAAGGACACCCCUGUCCUUCAGGGUCACCCCUUAGUGACACCCCUGUCCCUCCAAGGUCACCCCUUGUCCCUCAGGGACCCCCUGCCCUCCUCCCCUGCCCCGUGCCCGCAGCAGCAGCUCCGUGCUGACAAGUGCCAAUGUCCCCUUGUCCCCUCUCCAGCCCCUGGCUCUGUCAGUGGUGAUUUGUGUGUCACCCUCUGUCAGUGGUGAUUUGAUUUGUGUGUCCCACGUCUGUCUUGUCCUGUAGAGCAGAACCAGCCUUUAGCUGCUGUGGCCAGGGCUGUCCCCGUGCCCCCAGGAGGCUCCCCAGGGCUGUGGAGGAUUUUGGGGGCAGGAUUUUGGGGCCUGAACCCCCCUGGCUUUGCCUUGGUGCCCAAUUCCCUUAGAGCAGGCUGUGGAUUGUGUGCAAGGCCCUUCUGGGAGGAGGCACAAGAGACCAAAGUGCAGCUCUCAGUGUUUGUGCUCUCCCUUCCCUGAUGUGUUCAGGGAGAAGGGAUGGGGACACAACCCGCUGUGCAUCCUUGGUGUAUCCUUGGUGUAAGUGCUCAUCCCUCUCCUUGGGCAGAGCCAGGCAGCUGAGGUGAGGGAGGAGAAAGGACAGAACCAAAUCCCCCAGUGGGGAUGGAACUGCAGGAGGAAAUUUCAGUCAGAGGACCUGAGGAGAGCUUUUCUCAUCAUCCUGCCCUGCCCCAGAGCUGCCUGUGCUUGGCUGGGGAGGAGGUUGGGUUUGGGAUCUCAUUCCAGGUAAGUGCAGGAAGGGGUGGCAGCUGCCCAGGUCCCCAACUCCUUUCCACAGGUUUUUUAUGUGACAAAAGCUGAGAGAAGCUGCAGUGCUGGAGGGAAGCACAGCCCCCCUCUCACAGCUCCUGGCAGAGCUCUGGGCAGUCCCAGCCUCACCCAUGAUGGUCUUAAAGAAUUUCAGAUUUUACAGCCCCUCCUUCAGUACAGCAGCAAGGGCUGUAUGGAUGAGAAUGCUCCAUCAGGGCUGGGUUUAUGAGAGAAUUGAUCAGUGAUGCUGCCAGUGCCUCUCACCUGUCCUUGUUUCCUCCUGAAGUGCAAUGCAGCCCUGCCUUGGUGCCAGUGACUGGAGGUGCCAGCCCGGGCUCGCUGCUCCCUGCCCGUGGCCAGCAGAGCUCGGCCACCUGCAGGAUUUGCUUUUUCUUAAUAGUUAAGAACCCUAAUUUGAUUUAAGAGAUUUUUUUUUUUCCACUAGAGCCCCCUGAACAAGCCCCAAAGAUGCUUUUGCUUAUGCCAGGGUGGGCUGCAGACAGACACACGGACAGAGAAUGUGUCAGCCAGGCAGGACCGGGACUUGGGGGGCUCCUCCCCUGUCCCCAGGGUCCCUUUCCCAGGACAGCUGCAGGGACAGUGGGAAAUGUCCCCACUCUGCCACAGCCUCGUGCAGAGCAGCCCCCAAAUUUCAGUGUUACAGCACCAGCUCAGGCCCUGCUGCACCUGGGGCAAAGCAGCUUCAAAAACUCUGCUGGGUGACUUUGGGGUCUGGCCUGCUGGGGCCCUGUGGCAGCAGCACCUGGAUGUCCCCAGGGUGUCCCCAGGGUGUCCCCAGGUGUGGGUGGGGGGGUCACUGGGUGGGGGAACCCCUGGGUACGAACGGUUCUCGCUGGUGCUGAAGUUUUUCACUUACCUCAAUUUCUUUUAAUAAAAAGAAUGAAUUACA